GAGGAACCGCCGGCGUCGCAGCGGGCAGCGGCUGCCGCGGGCGCCAGGGCGGCGGUGCCCGCGGUGGGCUUCGUGUCCGGCGAGGCCGGCUUGGCGGCGGCGUUGUCCCUGCAGGCCCUCCAAGCGGUCGCGGGCGACGCGCCGGAGGAGCCCGCAGGCGGGCCGCCCGAGUCGGCGAGAUCCGACGGCGCACCCGCGGGCGCGCCGCCGGCCCCCGAGCAGCCGGAGGCGGAGGCCUCGCCUGGCGAGCGGCCCGAGGCAGACGCCGCCGAGGCCUCCCGCUCGGCGUCGCCUGGCGGGAGCGCCGCCAAGCGCGCCCUGUUGGAGGGCCUCCGCUCGGGCAAGGUCGCCAGCAUCCUCGACGCCGCCGAGGCCGAGGCCGAGGAGGCGCCGCCGUCGUCCUCGAGGUCGCAGCGCCUGCCCCAGUACGCACUGGCGGCCGGCUCGAAGACGGUGGAGCAUUUGAAGG